AACUCCACAUCUUUCCACUCCAGUUUCACUCCAACACUCGUCACAAUGCGUCUCAAAAUCGCCCUUUUGCUCAUUUUACUCACAACGACUCUAAUCGAGUCAAAACGAUCCAGAGGCCGGAGUCGGGGCACGUCCUCCGGAGGCACAGGCUUCUGGAACCGUAAGAAAUCAAACGAAUCCAAGCCCAAAACUCCGGCAAGUCAACCGGAAAUCAAGAAAGAAACGUCCAGCGUGCAACAAAGCGCCCCGACCGGAAACUCCGGGAGGCCCAUCGGCUGGAAUGUGGACAAUAACUCGCCCAUGAAGAAGCAAAAUGUCAACCCGGCCCACACCGCCAGCGCGCCGUACCCGCAGCAGAACUCCGGGCAAGGGUACGGGCACGGCCAGCCCGGAACUGGGCACAAUUAUGGACAACAAACGCAUGGGGGUUACAAUUAUGGACAUCAAACGCCUGGGGGUUACAAUUAUGGACAUCAAACGCCUGGGGGUUACAAUUAUGGACAACAAACGCCUGGGGGUUACCACACUCCGGGGGGUUACAACGCGGCAGGUGGUUACAAUUAUCCGGGUUACCACGCUCCGGGUGGCUACAGCGCUCCUGGUUAUGGCGGAUAUCCGGGCCAUAGUCCGAUGGGGGGUUACGGGGGUUAUGGAGGUUAUGGGGGUUAUGGGCACUCAAGCGGCAUGUUUGGUAACAAAUAUGGGGGCUUUGGGGGUCUUGGUGGUUACGGCGGUUACUACGGUAUGAAAAAAUCCGGAGGUUUCUUCGGAAAGCACGCUUUCCGGAACGUAUUAGGCGGCCUCUUCGUUUGGUAUUUAGUCUCAGGCCUUGUAAGUAAGCCUUAUAAGGUAUAUAAUUAUUACAACCAACCUAAAGAGAUAAUCCAGCAAGAAAUAGCACUACCAGCAAACGUUUUAACCUUGUGUAAUGAAAACGCUACCAAUAUUUGUGUACCAGGCACUGUUGCGAUUUGCACCAACGAUAACAGAAUUCUCUGUGUUACAAGCAUGACUUCGACAACCCCAUGCCAGGAUAACAAUGGGGCUUUGUGUGUCAAUAGUACCAUCCCUUGCCUAGACACCAACGACCCUUUAUGCCAGAAUAAAACCACAAGUGAUAACACAACAACGGUAAACUUACCGUGUUUCACAAACAUGACCCUGGACUCGGUACCGCCAAAUAUUACGUUACCACAAAGUGAUGGUAACACGUUCUGUGUUACCACAAUGGCGGUACCUGACCCAUCCAUGCCUCCGGUGAACGUUACCGAAGAACCAACAAACGCAACUCUACAAGUUCCGGGUAAUGGGACCCAAAAUGCACCCAUGUGGUACCCGCCAGUUCCGAGCAAUGGGACGCAAAAUGGGCCCAUGUGGUACCCGCCACCGCCAGGCAAUGGUACCCAAAACCCCCCGAUGUGGUACCCACCCCCGCCCCCGUAUUGGGGCUAUGGGCCCGGGUACUACCCUCCACCCCCAUACUGGGGGCAGCCACCGAUGAAUGUAACAGUAACAGUACCAGCAAAUGGUACCGAAGCUACAACGGAGGUGACCACAGUCGAGUCGUGAUAACCUAGUCUUAUUAUUUAUUCUCAAUGUUUGUAGACAGUACAAAGAAAUAAAGAAUGAAAACUGA